AUGGCGAAGGAUGCAAAUGAAGCCUUUUCAUCCCGACUUCCUUUCUCGCGGAAUCGCGUGUCGGUUGGGAGAGAAAGAGGCGUCUCUCUCUCUCUUUCUCUCGGGAAAAGGAGAGCGGAAAGGAUCGGUGUGUGUCGUAUAUCGGUGCGCGCGAGCGUGGAAAACGGAAUAUCGGAAACGACGAAGGAAUCAGAGGCAGUCCCCGAUCGAGAUCUGGAUUACGCGGGCGCGUCGAGGAUCGCCAAGAUUUUGCCAAUUCGUAAAAAAGGAGGACACACGGACAGGGAUGGCAUGAGGGAGGGCUCCGGCAACGUUGCCGACGUGUUAGCAGUGGGCGGGGGUGGUGCUGUGCUGGUGCUCAGCGAGCUAUUUUGA